AUGGCAUGGUGGAACUUGACUGCCCCAGGCAGCCUCACGAAACUGCUCAUUAUUGCCAACUGCGCGCUUUUCGCAUCUGUAAAUGCGGGGCCUAACGUCGUCUCAUUACCUCUUCACAGAAGCCCUCGUCGCUCGAUCAUUAAGCGUAAUUAUGGAAGUGCCUCGUUGGAGAACGACUAUAUCGAUGGAUUAUUCUGGAUAAAUGCGACCGUGGGAACGCCUGGGCAGCUGGUCCAGCUCCAAAUCGACACUGGAAGCAGUGAUAUCUGGGUUUUUGGUGCACGCUCAUGCGUCGAGACUGACUCAGGAUGCCUUGGCGGCUUUUACGACGGUUCACAAUCAAAAACUGGCCAGGUCAUUGACCGUGGUGGAUUCAGUAUUUCCUAUGUCGAUAACUCCGGUGUGAUUGGGGACUAUGUCUCGGAUACCUUUGCGAUCGGCGAUAUUACCAUCAAGGAUAUGACGCUUGCGGUUGCUACAGAAGUACAGGAUGCGACUACAGGCGUUAUGGGCAUCGGCUUCGAUUCAGGCGAGUCGAUAGUGGGGAACGGUGGCAGACCCUACAAAAACCUUGUCGAUAUGAUGGUCGAACAAGGUCUCAUCAACUCUCGUUCAUACAGUCUGUGGCUCAAUGAUGUUGGGGCUGAAACUGGAAGUAUCUUGUUUGGCGGUUAUGACAAGGGUAAAUUCAAGGGCGAUCUGAUUGCAAUGCCCAUUCAACCAGAUUCGCAAUCUGGUCAGAUCACUUCAAUGACUGUUGCUUGGACAUCUUUAUCGAUUACGGAUCCUACCCAAGGCAUCCAGACUCUCACCUCAAAGAGCUUUGCGCUGCCAGCCGUGCUCGACUCGGGAACGACACUCACAUAUGUUCCGGCUGACCUGUACAAUGAAGUUGCCUCGUUUGCCAAUGUCAUGGCUUUUGAUGGCAUGGACACUGGUCUUGUUGAGUGUGAAGCAAUGCAGGCCUACAAGGGCACUUUAGACUUUGGUUUUGUUGGCUCCGGGGGACCAGUCAUCUCAGUUCCCUUCUCGGAGUUAUCCUACCCCUACACGGAUGAUAGUGGGAAUCAAAUGUCGUUUGACAACGGGAACACGGCAUGCUAUUUUGGACUUGCGCCAACCCAGGACAAUACUCAAAUCCUGUUUGGUGACACUUUCCUUCGCUCAGCAUAUGUGGUGUAUGAUCUCGACCGUCAGGAGAUCGCCAUUGCCCCAACUGCCUUCAACAGCGACGUCACAAAUAUCGUGGAAAUUGGUGGUUCCGGAUCAUCGGCUACUCCAACCUGGCGCGUUGCGACCUCGGUCAGUGUUGUGCAGACGGCCACAGGUCGACCAGAAGAACCAGGUCUAAUCGCGUCGGUGACUUUGACAGGGCAUCUUUCUUACACACAUACGGGUACUGGUUUCCAUAUCCCUACCGUCUCUGGAUCGGCUGCGAGUGCUCAAUCACCAAAAGCAUCAAAGGGUGCUGCCCCGUCCACCUCUGCUGUUGGCUCUAGUAUUCUAGCCAACACUCUUAUCUGCACUUUCUCGGCAUUGAUUGGCGCAGCAUUCGUUUUUGCACAAUGA